CGUCGUCGUCCGUCGUCAUCCGUCGUCGUCGGGUCCGUAGCCAUUUUGACUCAAGCCGGCUCCUUCGCACACGCGCGGGCAGGGUUGCCUGGCAGAGAUCCUGGAGAGAGAGGUAUCGAGGACCGAGGAAGACACGGGCGGAGCGGACGGCGGUAAGGCGGCGGGCGCUGCUGGCGGCGGAUCACUGCAUGGCUGCCGCCAAGUCGGAGGUCAAGACGCUGCGCGGCGAAUUGAAGGCAGCGCGAAACAGCUGCGCGGCCAUCGUGGGGGAGCCGGAGCUGGCUGACCGCGUCGCGGAGGAGGUCCUGAGGAGCAACGCGGCGCUGCACGCGGACGGCAAGGGGUAGUGAAUAGCCUGGCGGCCCCGCCUUCGUGGAGGGCGCGGCCAAGCAUGUCGGCCUGGGAGGGCGUGGAGACGUCGGAGAGUUGCUGGAGGCGCUUAGGUCUGCGGAGGCGGGUCGCUGCGUGGAAGACAGCACGGAGCAGACGGAGGACGAUGGCCUCGAGGAAGAGGCGGAACACAGGGAGGGCGGCGUCGAAGCGGAGUCCGGGAGCAGCGGGUGCGAAUUUCACUCGGACGACAGCUUCGACGGCUUCGGGGAGUCGGAGAAGUGCGUGGACGAGGGCAUGCAGGAAGACGUCUCGUCGGGAGGCUGCCUGGAGGACGAGGACUUCGGAUCGGAGGUCGAGGGCAUCGACGGCGUGGAGGUGGAGGAGCCCGCCCGCCGAGCUCGGGAUGGAGCACCGAGGCCGCGCCGCCGUUCGAGUGCAGGCGCGCGUGUCCGACUGCGGCCUCUGCGACUGAGCAGUGCUCGUGGAGCGCUUCGGGAGACCCUUGUUCGCCGCCACGCACCGGAGGAGUGCGCCGCCCAAGGCAGCCGCGCCGCGCGGGAGGCGCUCCUGGGCAGGGUGCCGUUCGAGGAGGUGGGUGGGCUCUUCGAGGUGGGCCUCACGGCGGAAGAGGCGGUCCAGGAGCUGGGCCUGGCGAAAGGGCACGGGGGCGCCGAGCAGCCGGCGGAUAAAAAGGGGCCACUCGAAAGGCAGGCGGGCCAGGCGGAGGAGGAUGAGGGCGGCCGCGCGCGGUUGCCGCGCGCGGAUGGCCCGCCGCGAGCGGAACGUUCGCGGCACCGUCAGACAGUAUCAUCAAG